ACCCCACAGUGUGCGGUUCACUGUGUGUUGCUGUGGUUAGCGAACAGCACCGGGCUCUAAAGGGUCAUGUCACUCAACGUGGUGCUGGAGGGUCCGGCACCUUGGGGGUUCCGCCUGACGGGGGGGAAGGACUUCAACCAGCCCCUGACCAUCUCCAGGAUCACCCCGGGCAGCAAAGCCGCCGUCGCCAACUUGUGCGCCGGCGACGUCCUCCUGGCCAUCGAGGGAGUCCCGGCCUCGGACCUGCUGCACAGCGAAGCCCAGAACAAGAUUAAAGAGUCCAGCAGUCAGCUCUGUCUCACUGUGGAAAGGAAUGAAGCCAGACUGUGGACGCCUCGUGUCAUGGAGGAGGGCCGAGCUCAUCCGUAUAAAAUCAACCUGGAAGCAGAGCAGCAGGAGUUCAAGCCGAUUGGCACCGGUCACAACCGCAAAGCUCAGCCGUUUGUCGCGGCAGCAAACAUCGAUGAGAAGCGCCAGGUGGUCAGCUCGGCCUACAACACCCCCAUAGGCCUCUACUCCUCGGGGAACAUCCAGGACGCCAUGGAGGGUCAGAUCCGAGGGAUCGUCCCCACGAAGCCUGAGAGUCCCAGGACUCUGAGCAGCAUCGAGGAGUCUGACGUCUACCGGAUGCUGCAGCAGAACCAGGAGGAUCCUCAGGAGCCUCGACAGUCUGGCUCCUUCCGGGCGCUGCAGGAUUUUAUUGACAGUGAUGGCACACGUCCCAUUGUGACCAGGACAGUUAAAGCCCCAAUGAACAAACCGACGCCACCCACAGGAAACCUGCAGAAACUGCCCGUCUGCGACAAGUGUGGGAAUGGGAUUGUCGGGACGGUGGUGAAAGCUCGGGACAAGUAUCGCCACCCCGGCUGCUUUGUGUGCUCCGACUGUGACGUCAACCUCAAGCAGAAGGGCUACUUCUUCGUGGAGGGGCAGCUGUACUGUGAGGCCCACGCUCGGGCCAGAACGAGACCACCAGAGGGACACGACCUGGUCACGACUUAUCCCUCUGCAUAGAUCCCUCCUCCUCCUCCUCCUCCUCCUCCUCCUCCUCCUCCUCCUCCUCCUGCCAGCACAGACACAAGCACUUACACAUGCAAACACACACACUUCAGCACACACUCCUCAGUCGUACGUGGAAGGGGUCCUCUGCACUUUGAGGUUGUCUGUGUGCAGUCACUUUUCAGUGUGGAUCCUGUAAGUAACUCCCACAUGUAGGAACAUUUCACAUGUUUGUAAAGGUCCAACAGAACUCGUCUCUGUACUUCUGAUGUCUUUUCAAUAAAGACCCUCUGUUCCUACUGUAA